AUGCUGAGGUGUCAUUUCCAAAUUCUUGGUCCUUAUAUUAAAAAACCAGCCUCAUACCGCUUUGAUUCAGUUCUAAGAACUCCAUUUGAAGAAAAAAAUAAUGAAAAUUUAUCCGAGUCGAAAAUUAAUACAAAAAAGGAACCUGAUGACAAUAUAAAAUCCCAGAAAAAAAGUACUGUUUUGAAAAGUAACUUAGUGGUUUUAGAAGAAAAUUCAGUAGAUUCUUUUAAAGCUAAUGAUAAUGAAUUUAGUUACUUAAAUAAAAAUUUAACAGAUAUAACUAAUAAAUGCUCUGAACAGAGCAAUUGUGUUGAAAAUAAUGUUAAUUUAUCAAAUAAUAAACUGGAUAUUCCACAAGAUUCUUUGUGUGAAAAUAAUAAAAUAUUAGAAACUAAAUGUUUGAACAAUGAACAAAUCAAUGAAAUUCAAUCGAAUAAAGAUCCAUCAUAUGGAAACAUUGAAAGGCAUAUUUUAGAAACAGUAAAAUUGUCAAAAAACAAAAAACCUGAUAACUACUUGAAUACAGUUAAUGUGAAGAACUUUCCUACAAACAAACAAAAUAAAACUGCUUCAAAUGAUGAUUUGAGAAUUCAAAAAAAACCAUAUGAUGCUAAAAAACAAAACGACAAAACUCUUGAUUUAUCGAAUAGAGUUGAAAGGGAAAAUAGGCGUCAAACAUAUGAAUUAAAUUUAGGAGCAGUAUCGGAAAAUAUCAAUUUGAAUCCUGAUGGUCCAUUAAAGGAAAAAGAUAGAAAUCCAUUAAUGGAUGACAUUAAACCCUUGAAAGAUACUCCACAACUCCUAUUGGAAAAAGCGAAAGAAAUUCUUCGAAAAACUUCACAAAUGAAACCUACUGAGGGAAAUAGAAAUGUCAAACUUAUAAAUUUGGGUACUCCUAAACCUGAUAGUAAGUACAGCAGAAGAAGGCAAACAGUUGAUUUGAAUAAAAGUUCAACAGAACGAAAUUUUAUAACUCCAGUAAGAGCAAUGGCAGAUUUUCUUUUAAAACCAUCAGAUUUAGAAGGUUUGAGAAAAACUAAAAGAAGAUCACCUUAUGAAAAUGAUCCACCCAUAACUGUAUAUUGGAGAAAAGAUGUCGAAGCAAAGGCAUUGGAUGUGUGGGGAUCAAAGGAAAAUUUGUUGAAAGAAAUUUUAAAGAGAGACAUAGAAAGACGUCGUUAUCAACAAAAUUUGUUUACGGUUAAGAGAAGAUUACGAGAUUAUCGGAGGGAACAGGGACGGGAAACGGAAGUUAAAACGGAACAAAGCGGUUUAUUCGGUUCUUCCGGAAAAGUUGUUUUAACGGCUAUUGCAAUAAACGGAACAAAUUUUUUGUUCAAACUUCUUGCAUGGUGUUACACAGGUUCCCACAGCAUGUUUUCAGAAGCUGUGCACUCAUUGGCCGAUACGAUUAAUCAGCUUAUAUUAGCAUAUGGCAUACAUAAAUCUGUUCAAAGAGCAGAUUCCGAUCAUCCCUAUGGCUACACGAAUAUGCGUUACGUUUCUUCUCUUAUUUCCGGUGUGGGGAUUUUUUGCGUAGGAUCUGGGCUUUCAUUUUAUCACGGAUUUGUCGGAUUAACGGAUCCAUCGGACUUGCCAUCAUUUUAUUGGGCUUAUUUUAUUCUAGGAGGAUCUCUUGCAUCGGAAGGUGCCACUCUAUUAGUAGCUUUUAAUUCCAUAAGAAUCGGUGCUAGAAAAUCUGAAGUGUCCUUAUCCGAAUAUGUGUGGAGAGGACAAAAUCCAAGCGUUAACGUAGUUCUCUUAGAAGAUAUGGCAGCUGUUAUCGGCGUGAGCUUUGCCGCAGGUUGCAUGGGAUUAAGUUCUUAUUUUGAAAGUCACGUACCUGACGCUAUAGGGAGUUUUUUCGUCGGAGGAUUGCUUGCCGGUGUGGCAUCAUUCAUCAUUUACACUAAUGUCGCAGCAUUGGUCGGGAGGUCUAUUCCGCAAGAAAGGCUCGACAAAAUAAAUGCAGAAUUGGAGUCCGACGUGAUGAUAAGGGCUAUUCAUGACGUCAAAGGUAUAGACAUAGGGAAUUCACUCGUUCGAUACAAAGCGGAAAUGGAUUUCGACGGUGGAGAACUGACGAGAUCUUAUUUGGAUAAACAAGAUUUAAAUUUAAUGCUCGAAGAAGUCAAAAAAAUGCAAACGAUCGACGAUCUUGAAGAAUUUAUGCUUAAACACGGAGAAAAUAUCGUCGACAUGAUGGGUGGAGAAAUCGAUAGAAUCGAAUUGAAAUUGAGAAAAAAGCACCCAGAGAUAAGGCAUUGCGACUUAGAAAUAUUGUAA